UUGUAUGAUAUGUCGACUUAUCCUGCUUUCUCCAUUUUUGCCUUCCUCGGGCUAUGUCUCGUUAUGCUUCCUCUGCCGUGGCACAUGCAGGCAUGGAACUCAGGCACAUGUCUCUACAUGUUCUGGGUAGGGAUCGCUUGCCUCAACUUUUUCGUCAAUUCUGUUGUAUGGCAUGGUAAUGCAACGGACCUUGCUCCAGCCUGGUGUGAAAUAUCCAUCCGUAUCAUACUCGGCAGUGCCGUUGCCAUACCGGCCGCAUCUCUUUGUAUCAAUCGUCGACUUUAUAUCAUAGCUUCUGGCACUACCUCCAGCGUCACUACUGGUCUUCGCGAUAAACAAAAGGCUAUCUUAGUUGACAUGGUCAUUGGACUCGGUAUCCCAGUUGUCCAGAUCGUCUCUUCCUUUUUUGAAAUUUAUUCUCCUCAAGGGCAUCGCUAUGAUAUUUACGAGGACUUUGGCUGCUUCCCUGCCAUCUACAAUACUCCGGUCGCGUACGCUCUGGUUUCGGCUUGGCCAUUAGCCAUUGGUUCAGUCUCUGGGAUCUACUGCCUUUUGACUCUACGAACAUUCGUUCGUCGGCGGUCCGAGUUCAACCAAGUCUUGCGACGCCAUUCUUCCCUCACCUUCGACCGAUACUUCCGUCUCAUGGCCUUGGCCUCUGCCGAUCUCCUCAUCACCAUCCCUAUCAGUGCAUACGGCAUGUAUCUCACCAUCAUCAACGGUACCAUCCAGCCUUGGAUUAGCUGGGCCGACACACAUUUCGAUUAUCCCAGAGUCAACCUGUAUCCCUUGGUUCUUUGGCAAACCAACCAUAAGGGUGCCGUGUCCAUGGAGCUAACGAGAUGGAUGGUACCUGCGUGCGCGAUUGUCUUUUUCGGCUUCUUCGGUUUCGCGCAGGAAGCGAAGAGGGGAUACCGCAAGGCUUUGGAUCUCUGUAUCAAACAUGCUCCCUUCUUGCGUCGCUUGUAA